AUGGACGAUCUUCUUCGUCUUUCCCUCUAUAAUACCCACAAACAGGCCAUUACACACCCUGACGGUCGUGUCCGAAUCCCAUGCCCUCCUUGCAAAAACACAAUCAUCACCCCUUCACCUCACCGACCCCAUGUUUUAGCAAGUGAAUGCAUCCUCUUAUGGACCACUCCCCACAGACUCAACUUUCAAAAUGAACUCUUGCAAUUGCUUCCCAAUUCCCUCGUCCUUAAAAUAUUCUUGGUGAUGAUCCAAUCUUUAGAUGAAGACACCUGUAGUAAUUAUGGUGCCAGUCUCUUGCAUUUCAUGCAGUUCUGUGACUCUCACAAUUUUCCUGAAUCUGAAUGCAUGCCUGCUUCAGCAAGCCUUCUUGCAGCCUUUCUUGCCAAUGCAGCAGGUACCAUCUCCAACAGCACGGCCAACAGUUGGAUGGCAGGUCUACAUUACUGGCAUGCCGUAAAUGGUGCUACUUGGUUUGGUACUGAAUCUGAUGUCCUUCAUCACAUUCGACGAGGCAUCACUAAGCUCACUCCUCCCAGUUCCAAAAGAGCUUGUUGCCCUCCAGUCACCCUAGACACCUUAGGCCAACUAGCCCAAGGACUAGACCUCACCAAUUCCUUCAACAUUGCCAUAUUUGCUGUUGCAUGUGUUGCCUUCUGGUCCUGUUGUCAUCUUGGGGAACUACUAAUCCCUAGUCCCAAUGUUUUUGAUUUAAUCAAGCACAUCUCCCACUCUAUCCUACUGAUCUCGGUACACAACUCACACAAUGUAUGUUGCACCACUUUCCAUAUUCCUUGGACAAAAACCACUGGCAUGGAGGGUGCUGAUAUCAGCAUUACUGAAUGCAGCCACUCAACAUGUCCACUUGCAGCCAUUAUCCUUCAUCUCAAGAGCAAUCUUAACAUCCCUGCUCAUGCUCCCCUCUUUUCCUCCGAAACAGCCAAUGGUUCUUGGUCUCCCCUUACAAAACCUUGGUUCCUCUCAUGCUGCAAUGACAUCUGGGUUGUGGCAGGUCACCCAACCAUGCCUGGUCAUGCAUUCUGCAUUGGCAGAGCCACAGAGUUGUUUUUAGAAGGGGUCCAUCCAGACAUAGUUGCCAUGCAGGGCCGUUGGAAAUCACGUGCUUUCCUAGAGUAUUGGUGUCAAAUUGAAUCUAUCUUGCCCCUCUUCAUUUCCACCGCUAUCAACUCCCCUCUUGCAAUCUCACAUCUAGAAUCCACCAUGCUUAAUUUUCAAUGUUCACAUUCUCUACCUAAUACUGCAUUAUCUCACAUAUAG